AAGAUGCGAUACUGCGCCAUGCUCCACUCGUCGAAGCGCGACCUCCGCCGGCUUUGCGACCUUCGCCGCGUGUGCGCUACCUCGUUCACGCCCAGGGCUGUGGAACUGCAGGGCCCGGUGCUCGAGAAAUGACGGCUUGUGCGCUGCAUAUUUACGUGUGUGAGCCACACGAACACGACAAGGAUCGCAUUGUAUUCUUCGAUCUGGUCUUGCUUGGGGGCCAUGGUCAAGCGUUCCGUGUCCGUCGUCACCGUCUCGAUGCGCUUGAGGUAGUGUCGCAUCUCGGCCUUGGCCAUGCAAGGCUGACGUCAGUGACCUGGUGGUGCGAGCACGGCCAAGGCGGAAUCUAUGCACGUCUCGUUGAACAGUUCGAAGUCGUUGACGAAUCACUCCGGCUUCGAUCACCCGAUAGUCUAAACUCAUGGCUUGGCCACGGCUUUGACUUCAAGCGGCUCGUUGCUCGGACGCUGGCCCUUAUCGGAGCCAUCUCCCUCGACACGUCGCGGCCCGGCAACGAGCGAGUCGUCUACGCUGCGACGGAGCGAAGCGUCGACUAUGGGAGGCGAGAGGAAGAGUGGCGGCCCGUCGAAGGCUAUUGCUUCGGUAAGGAUGCAGCGGCCCAGGGCCUCCGGAAUCCCCCGCCUUGGGACGAUGAAGACAUCACCUGGCAGGGCGCUGUGCGGUCGUCUGUGCCAAGCCUCGCAGUCGCUGUUUGUGGUCACGUGGACCGCGCACUUGUUGUGCCUGGCCUCUGCGUUGUGGGGCCUCCAGGCCUGCGCUUUGCCGUCAACAUAUGCUUUGCGCGAGGCCUCCUCCCAGACAGACACCACGAUGACGCCGACGUCGAUCAGAGUGGAGCUGCGAUGCCCUGCGCCGAUCUGCCUCAGAUUUCGACGCGUGCAUCGGACGCAUUGGGUGUCGGGCGUCACAACCGCCUUUUGCGAGACACCCGCCCUUUUUUUUCUCCUUCGGGGAGUUUCUUCGCACAGGUGGCAACGUUCUCGCGCGACACAACACCUGGAUCCCUGAAGGGUGUCAAAAUCGCUGUCACGAUGGCGCUCGACUUCAUCGUCCUUGCGCCGAAGCAGACGUCCUGGGACACGGCAAACCUGAACCCACCGAGCGUCUUUGAGUGUCCUCGCGACAUCACCAUCCCACUCGCACGUGGCUCGGAUGCCACGGGCCGCGCAGCUCGUGCUUCCUUGGAGUCGCGGGUGACGGAUGAGUUCUCGACCCGCCUUGUUGUGCUGACGGCGUGCGAAACGGACCUCGACUGGCAGCCAGCCUCUGAGUGUGAUGAAGGCAGAAGCGACGUACCAGCACACUGGGGAACGCCCCCGACAACCCCCACGCACCGCCGUGCCGCACCUUGUGUCGACGACCGCGGCUUCCGCCUAAAGACCGUAUCGGUUCUCCUCGUGCCCGUCCUCGACAUGGACACGCGUGUCUUCAGCCUCACACAAUUCGGUGCGACGCCUAACAAGGGCAGCCUCACGGGCCGCUCGACUCGACAUAGCGAGGAACUCUGUACUGAAGUCCUGUCGCGGUCCCGGACGAUUGACGACUACGUCCACAUCCUUCGCAAAACACGUCACCAGGGAUCCAACGACCCUGGUUUCUACACGGUUCAUCUUCGCCACGUCGGCUUUCGAGCUCUUAGCCGUGGCGGCCUUGCCGCCUUCGUGAAGAGACUCAAGGCCGAGCGCGAGCGAUUACCCGCGUGGAAACGGCAGGAACGGCGCUAUGGCAUCGCAAGCUAUGAUGAUGACCUUCUCUCUCACACCAUCCGCGCGCAUUGGUUGCGCAAGGAAUUAGAAGCUCGAGAGGCACGCCUUGCGCAAAAAAUCGUUGAUGGCCGCGCACUCCUCGCUGACAGAAAACGGCGCAAAUCCCAAGCUCUACGUAACGACGCUCAAGACGAAAUCUACGGCGACGGGCCCGCAGACGGCCAGGUUCGUGGCAGUGACGAUGACGAUAACGAUGACGAUGCUGACGCCGAGAGCGCACUCACGGGGCCAGGGGAGUCACUGAAUGGCAGGGAUGCGCUCGUUGCGAGCGACGGCGUUGUCCAUAUGCUCGCUCACAAGCUCGGUAUCUCCUCGCUCCAUGUCGCUCAGUCAGCAGGGAACGUCAGGCUUGUCAGAGACGCCGAGGCCCGCGAGAUUUUCGAAGAAGCGACAGAACACCCAGAGGUCGACCUGGCGCUCCUCGACCGCUCGCCGAUCGAGGACGAUGAUAGAGAUAUAGACGAAGGGGUCAUUCCUCCUCUCGAGCUUGGAGUCAAGCCCGGAGAUCCAGAUGGCAGCCAUAACGCCUGGCGACGCCUUCAUCGCGACAAGAAACAUGACGUCAAUGGCAGUGUCACGAUGCGUGCGAGUUUUAUCGAAGCGCGGAUACAAGGCGCUGUCGAUUCCGUCGUAAAUACGGCAAGUCGCCCUACGAUCGUUGGUAUGGUGCACCCAGCAAGCGGGAUCAGCUACGAACCAAUGACGUUCCAAACUUUGAGCGACGACUGCAUUCUGAUCACGGACAUUCUCGAGGCGACCGUGCGCGCGCUUGAGCGUGAAAAGAAUAUGACGCCAGAUGCGGCAAUGGGCGCCAAGGACAGGCUCCUUGCCCAAUCUGGCAAGGCCACCGCGACAAACGCCGACAUCUUUUCUGAGCUUGAAAAUCUGUGCUUUGUACGCUGCAAAUUGGGCCACUGUGACGGUGUAGAAGAAUGUCUCGACCAGGAGGUCUCCAUUGAGAACAGGGACGCACAUGGCAACACGCUCAUCAUCAUCGCUGCGCAACAAAACAGCAAGAAGAUGCUCAAGAUGCUCCUGCGCCGCGGCGCGGACAUCAACGCGCAGAAUUCGACGGGAUGCACAGCUCUCCACUAUACGAACGAGUACAAGUUCGAUGCGCUCACUGAGUACGUUCUCGGCAAAGGCGGUGACGACACGCUCCUCAACAUGAAAGGUUUUACCUGCUACGAAGGAAUAGACGGGGUCAAAUAA